AUGAAAGCAGCGAAAGUCAUCCUAGGACGCUCCAAGCGCACAAGUAAUUCAGCCGUCAGCGCAGAACUGGGGAUCCAACCUCUACGAUCGGGACGAGACGCAAGGAAGCUGACAUGGCAGUAUCGCAUGCGCGGCAUGGGAGAGGAGAGGACGACCGGGGACAUUGGCCUGCGAGAACGUAGCCAACGACUUCGGAAGGUAGACGAUGAAGACGCCAAGAUCAAAUGCGAUUGCGGCUCCGAGUGCUAAGACCGUGUUGAUGUAGUCGCGGAAUGUCGGCUGUAAAAGAAGGAGAGGGAAGUGUACAUGACGGAGCCUGGAAUAGUAGAAGAAAAGUACACGGAGGUGCUUGAGGCAUGGGAUAGCCACCAGAAGACAUUCAACAGACUUACGGGAAAAAUGGGAACGUAUCCAAAAAUGAGAAUGGGCGUUUGUUUUUAGAAGGCGCCUUUGCAACUCCCCCCAAAAAAGUUGACAGUGCUGUAGGUCUUUACAGCAGCUUUCGAAUGAGCUGUUGCUCAAGCUGUAUGUCCUCGGCAUCGCCGAGGUAGCCAGCAUCGCGAGAAAUCAGGUCGAAACCAGCACGAAUCGCUUUUUGCGCCCGUGAGAAGGCGUGAUGUGGAGCAUGGCGGUUCUGAUGAACUCAUCUCACAGCUGGGGCGAAGGGGUUUCGCAGGAUAAUUUUGGUUCUGUGAUACACCCGAUGGUUCUGAAGAAAAACGCCAAUUCUCAUUUUUGGAUACGUUCCCAUUUUUCCCGCAAGUCUGUUAUUCGCUGUAUGUACUGGGGCAUAGGAAGUGGGUUGAAAAGGCGGGAAGCGAUAUCGAUGGGAUAGAUGACUAGGACAGAGAUUUGUGAGUCACCUAUGGCAAAGUAGGAAAGAACAAUUGGCCAUCGGUGAUCGGUCCUGUGGGAUGGGAACAAUGCUCCAUCCUCUCGAGGACGCGUGGUCAAUUGUCUAACCUCUAAGGCAUGCAGAAAAACAGGGUACCCACCCCCGGCGAGCUACCGUGUCUUUUUUGCUCCUAGGCUUGAAAGACAACGACUCUAGCGAUGGAGUCCACACAACAGCAUCACUUCCGUGGUACCUGCUGUAGUUUGAUUACAUCAGGCUUCCCUCUACUACUGCUGCUGCUGCUGUGCUGCUGCUGCUGUUGUUGUUACAGUGAUGAUGGUCUCGUUGCUCCUCCUCUGAAGCUUCAAUCUAUUUCCUCUCCUGAAAGCAAAUUCGAUUUAUAAAAAAACAGCGCCAGCGGUCUUCUUUUCUAAAUCUGAGAGCCACACUCCAGAUUUAGGAGCUCAAUGUUCCCCCGCUUUGAGGAAGGUUCCCAGAAAUUGACCCUUCCUUCUAAAUCUAGAAGUUAUUUCUAAUUCUAGAAGUGAAAAAACGUGGGCCGAAACUCGCCAUCAUGUUCGAUCGAAGAAUUAAAAAUCUUGCCUGCUCACUUCCCCUUGCCUAUACAUACCAUCCCACGGCGCUAGGCGCUUAACCUCAGUCAUUCUAAGGGUCGCUGCGCUACUUGGUACUCUCCCCGUGUCUGCGGGUGAUAUCUGAAGACGGCUGGUCAGGGCGUCGGCAAGAAGAGUGCGGGCGAUGUCAUCUACGGCCGGGUUCGCCGAUGGUCGCCCCGCUUGUUGCUGGUGGCGUGCCUCGUGCUCGCUUCCGGUCCGGACGUUCCCUGUCCUCUGCUCCUCCUCGUCUUGUUGCCGCCUCAUGUCGGCCAGUCGUUGUUGUAACCUCAUCUCCACCAACUCGUUGAUGCGGGCGUCCUCGUCUUCUGCGUGACGGGCGCCUCGUUCUUGGUCGGCGCGGGACAUCGGUGACAGCUGCUGAUCGCCGCAAAGCGAUACUCCAAACUAAGCUCGACGCGAAUCUCGUAGACGACGUGUCAUACGCUAGCGUGAUCGAUAAUUCGGGUGGCUCAGUUGUGUGUGAUGGGAGUGUAGAGCAUCUCGGCCAUGAGGGGCCGUAGGGGUAGGUAAACUCCUUUGAGGUCGAGGGUUAACUACGUGUGUGUUGUUGCUGUAGACUAUGCGCGUCUUUUUGUUCUGUGUGCGCGCCCGUUGGUUUUGUUCUCCGUUGUGUGUCACGCAUUUAUUUGUGGCGUUUGCCGUUAGUGCGCUGCUUGCCGGGCUUGCCGCGGGCAUCUUCCCGUGCCUGGUAUCCUCCCGUGCCGGUACGGAAGGGGCCUGUCAUGUUUUUGACAUGUUCCUCCGCGGUCGGUCCGCAGUCGGCAGUCAUGAAAUAGGAAAGAUGCCAUGAAUGCGGUGUCGGGAGGUUCUGAGACUUUCGGAGGCUAUUCGAUGUUCUGCCGUACGGCGACAUGGAGGUCGAUUUCCGCUCGAUUUCCGCCGUUCGUUCGUGUGGACACAAGUGGGUACAAUUUGGACAAAAGAGGGUCGAAAU